UCUUGUUGGGGGUGUAAAUGUGCGAAAUCAUGUCUGUUUCGAAGAGCAAGUGUCUUGUUGGGGGUGUAAAUGUUCGAAGAGCAAGUGUCUUGUUGGGGGUGUAAAUGUGCGAAAUCAUGUCUGUUUCAAAGAUCAAGUGUCUUGUUGGGGGUGUAAAUGUGCGAAAUCAUGUCUGUUUCAAAGAUCAAGUGUCUUGUUGGGGGUGUAAAUGUGUGUAAUCAUUGCCGUUUCAAAGAGCAAGUGUCUUGUUGGGGGUGUAUAUGUGUGGAAUCGUUGCUGUUUCAAAGAGCAAGUGUCUUGUUGGGGGUGUAAAUGUGUGAAAUGAUGUCUGUUUCAAAGAGCAACAAUGAGAAUGAUCAGAGUUGCGUCAAUCCUCUCCUACAGUCUCCCAAGAAACCACAGUCUUCUUCCUCCUCAAAAUUCAAGAAUCCAAGAUUCUUCAUUUUCUUCAUCUUCGUGUUCGGUUCUCUGUGCACGUUGAAGAUUCCUAAUUUUUCACAAAACCCGUCUUGUGUGUCUCAAGAAAACUCGUCAAUUUCAAGUGAAAAAGAUGGCGAAAUUGGUCCGAACUCGACACUAUCCAAGUAUCUCCCUUCUCGUCUCCAAAACCUUCUAUGCAAGUUGGGUUUACAUGGUAACAAGGUCACAGACAGAAUGACGAGAAAGGGAACUUAUCUGAGAAUGGAGAAGGAUGUGCAAAAUGUUGACACUGAUCGCAUUCAGCGUCAAGAAAAAGGGCUCGGAUUAAGCAACGACCAUUUCAAUCGUAGUGAGUUUCCACCUGGAUUUUUGUUCGGAGCUGCUUCGUCUGCAUAUCAAUACGAGGGUGCCGCAUUUGAAGGUGGUAAAGGACCAAGUAUAUGGGACACUUUCACCCACAAUUUUUCAGGUAAAAUAUCCGAUGGGAGCAAUGGCGAUGUGGCUGUCAACUUCUAUUAUCUAUAUAAGGAUGACAUAAAACUGAUGAAGUAUAUAGGAUUGGAUGCCUUCAGAAUGUCCAUAUCCUGGUCACGGAUAUUACCUCGUGGGAAGCUAAGCGGGGGAGUGAACAAGGAAGGGAUUGACUUUUACAACAAUGUCCUCAAUGAGCUCAUCGCAAAUGGUAUAACACCGUCUGUGACUCUAUUUCAUUGGGACCUUCCUCAAGCGCUAGAGGAUGAAUAUACAGGAUUUUUAAGUCCUCUCAUCAUUAAUGACUUUAGAGAUUUUGCGGAGCUCUGCUUUAAAGAAUUUGGUGAUCGUGUUAAGCAUUGGAUCACAAUUAACGAACCAUAUGCUUAUGCCAGUGAUGGCUAUGAUGGAGGCUUUGUCAGCAUGGCACCCGGGAGGUGCUCCUCUAGGGCAAUUUGUUCCCAGGGGGAUUCAGCAACUGAGCCUUAUAUCGCCGCUCAUCAUCUACUCCUAUCCCAUGCAGAAGCAACCAAAUUAUACAAGAAGAAAUAUCAGCCGAUUCAAAGUGGAGAAAUAGGAAUAACACUAAACACUGUUUGGAUGGUUCCAUACUCAAGCAGCCAACUCGACGUCAAAGCAGCACAACGAGCUCUUGAUUUUAUGUAUGGAUGGUUCAUCCACCCAUUAGUUUAUGGAGAAUAUCCACAAAUCAUGCAACUCCUUGCGGGAAGUCGACUGCCAAAAUUCACCAAGGAGCAAAUUGAUAUACUUAAAGGAUCCUUUGAUUUCUUGGGACUAAAUUAUUACAGUGGAAUCUACGCUGCUGAUAUUCCUGUUCGCAGUGGAAACAUUAGCAGCAUAACAGACAGUAUGGUCCGUCUUUCAACUUUCACAUCAGAAUAUGUAUCAGCGGAUGAUAUCAAUGGUGUGCCCAUCGGGGAUACUACUGGAAGCAACAUCCCUGUCUAUCCCAAAGGACUCUAUGAUCUUCUACUCUAUACCAAAAAGAAAUACAAGAAUCCAACCAUUUAUAUCACAGAAACCGGUUUUUCUGAUCUCAAAGAUGGAAAUAUUGAACAUGCUAUCGAAGAUCUCCAGAGAAUUAAUUUCUACAAUAGUCAUUUUUGCGCUGUUCAGGAAGCAAUUAAGAAAGGUGUGAAGGUGAAGGGCUUAUUUGCAUGGUCAUUUUUGGACACCUUUGAAUGGGAAGCUGGUUAUGACGUUGGAUUUGGAUUUUUCUACGUGGAUUUCAAGAAUGGUCUUCGAAGAAUUCCCAAACAAUCAGUUGUUUGGUUCAAAAAUUUCCUCAAUAAAAGUGAGCGAGGAGUAUUCAGUUAAGGUUUCACAUAAUUGUAUUGAUACAUUUACACUUUCAGUUUCAAAAUCAAACAAAAAAAUCCCCCUCAUUUUACUGAUGUGGGAUUCACCAAAACUCUUGAAAAUAAAAUACUUAUCCUCAUCUA